AACAGUAGCCCAAUUCUUCAGGACUUCCAGCAGUGUGAAAUGUAAUCAGAGUGUUAGUGCAUUUGUGUACCAGAAUGAUGACCACUGUAGAAGUUGUCAAGAAGAAGCAAAAUUAUACUAGUGUGCAUGAAGCAGUGAAAGCUGGGGAUGUAGAACAGCUUGCAUUGAUGAUAAAAAGUGGAGCCAAUAUUAAUGAGGUGGAUGUAGUUCACAAAUUCACACCAUUGCAGUGUGCUGCUCACGUGGGAAGUCUGGAGUGCCUUCAGUGGUUGCUGUGGCAUGGAGCUGACACCACAUGUGUGACUGUGAGAGGCUGGACAGCGGCUCACCUGGCAGCCAUCCGAGGGCAGGAUGCCUGCAUGCAGGCCCUGUUACUGAACGGGGCAGACGCAGCAGCUCGGGACGAGCGCGGGUGCACGGCCUCGCACCUGGCUGCAGCCCACGGGCACUCGUACACCCUGCAGACCCUGCUGCGCACCGGGGCGGAGGUAAAUGUUUCUGAUGGGAAUGACUGGAAACCUGUUCAUUAUGCUGCUUUUCACGGUCGCUUGGGGUGUUUGCAGCUUCUUGUUCGAUGGGGAGCAUGUGUAGAUGAUGCAGAUAACAAUGGAAACCUUCCAGCACAUCUGGCAGCAGUGGAAGGACACUUGCAUUGCUUUAAGUUCUUGGUCGGGAAGAUGUCCAGUGUUAUGCAGACUCUGAAAGCCAGGAAUGACCAUGGAGAGACUCCAAGAGACUUGGCUGAACGGUUUUAUAAAGAUAAUAUUCUGCAAUAUAUUGAUGGUGUGGAAAAAGAGGAGGAACAUCCAGAGAUGCAGGAAGUUUUAGCUUUCCCAGCUCAUGAUGCUGCUUUCAAAGGGGACUUGCUAGUGGUUAGAAGACUAGUGAGAAGUGGAGUAAUCAAUAUUAAUGAGCGGGACGAUAAGGGAUCCACUCUCCUGCACAAAGCUGCUGAACAGGGACAUAUCCAUUGCUUACAGUGGUUGGUUGAAAUGGAAGCUGACUGUGACAUUACAAAUGAUGCUGGAGAGACUCCAAAGGAUGUAGCCAAGAGAUUUGGCCAUCUGGCAGCUGUGGAACUUUUGGCACCAAGAACUGCAAACAAUAACUCUAGCGAUGAAGAACUAGAUGCAAACAACAUAAAGUUUUUUGAAACACAUGGUGUGGAAGGGAGUACAGAUAGCAAAGAAGAUUUAACCCUGGAUAAAGCAGAGAAAAGGAAUGCACGCAUAAGGGCCUAUAACAAGAUUAAAGAACUUCAGCGACUUCUAGAAAUUGCCUACAGCAACUACAGACAGCUGGGGGGAAUAACUGAAGAGGAGAGAAAGAUGAAAACAGAAGAAAGGAAAGUUGAGAAGGCUGUGAGGGAGCUGGAGGCCCAGCUGGAAUAUGAGCGAGUCAGGCGGGAGAAGCUGGAGAGCCAGCUGGACGAUUAUCGUGCUGAGAUAAACCGGCUCCGAGAGGGUCGGGGGGACACCCGCACCGCCUCUGCUGCCUCCGCGAAAGCUGAGACAAUGGCCAAGUCUUGCAAAGACAAGAAGAAAAUAAAGAAGCAGCCAGCCUGCAGCCCAGGAGGAGCAAGACUUCGCUGAGGAACGAACCUCAAAGGAGGGGCAGCAGACUGUGGAGGAAAUUAGCUGCAAACAGAUGGAAGAAUGUACCAACUCUAGCGCAGAGCCUCCUAAACCUCCCGGAUUGCUGCAGGUGCGACAGAACAAUUCCAGAAGCCAAUGGCUGUCUCAGAUGCCGGAGCCUGCACAGCAGCACAGCCGCAGUGCUGAGAGGGGAGGUCCUGCACAGCAGCCUGAAGAGCUGUGUUUUCAGGGACACAUCCCAACAACUAUGCUGGAAGCCUCAGAGCAACACAGGCUACAGGGGCUUUUACUACUGUCACCCAGCUACUGGAAACUGCACUACAGGAGAGCUGGCUGCACCAGGGCUCACAUUAGACAGCACAGGUUUCCCAUGGAACCAAAAUGAAUGGAACAAAUUUGAAAACAAGCUGUCAAACACAGCAGCACUCCUGAAGCCUGACAAACUGUCCUUUGGAUUUGUUACAUUGCUGUUUCAAUUAGUGUUAGAAUAAAACUAAUCACAUUUUCUUUUGAACUUAUUCUCACUUCCAAAUAUAAUGCAUUACUCUCUUUUUAUCCAGCUGCUACACAAUAAAACCUUCACUGGUUACGUAUAUAUUGAGAAGACUAA